GCAUGUCUAACCUGUUCCAUAACCAAAUGCAUUGUUGUGGUGUACUGUUCCAUCAGAGCAAGAUAAAUGAGUGUGUUAAAAAUACCAUCACAAGUGGGUUACAAAUGGUGGAAAGACACAGAUAUCAGUUUUGACAUUCCAGACAGAUGACAAAAGCAUCCUUACAGUUAAGGAGGAGCAGUCUGGGGAGAAUGAGCCCAACGAUCAAGGAGUUUGCACUGUUCUGGAGCAAGUGGAUUUGGGGGACUGAAACAUCAGAAGCUUUGAAAUCUCAGCAGAUGAAAGAAAGUCAUAACAAUCUGGGAUGGCAUGAGGAAUGACAUUAUAUACUGAAUUCCUCCCAGUGAAAUCCAGAGGGACUGCCAUAAUCCUGUUAGGGGCAUUCUGGACCCUGGGUGCUGUGUUUGAAGUUUUACUGGCUACACUGAUCAUGCCUACACUAGGCUGGAAAUGGCUGCUAGCAUUGUCCACCAUGCCUCUCCUUGCCUUUGCUGCCUCCUGCUGUGUUUGUAUGUGGUUGCCGGAGAGUGCUAGAUUUGAUGUACUGAGAGGCAGAGAGGAUAAGGCCCUGAAUACUCUGAAAAAUAUAGCUGCAGCCAAUGGGAGUUCUGUGCCUAAAGGAAGACUUGUAGCCAAAAGACAGGUUUCCCCCACAGCAACCAGGGCUAUUGGUAUUGGUACAAGCAGUGAGAUGGCACGUGUUAGAGCUCUCAUCACACCAUUUGUUGCUCAGGUGCUUCUGAAAUCAUCAGUCUACCUGACUCUGUCCGUGUAUUUCAUAUGCUGCUUGCUGGGCGCAGCAGCAUCCUGGGUUUUGCCCAUGGAGACAAUGGGGCGGAGCCUUCAUUAAUCAACUCAUUAAUCAACCACCAUGGAACAAGAAAACACAGAGAAGCCCAGUGGCACUGAGGCAGCCGAGUCCUCGAACAACAUUAGUCGUUGAUAACAAACACUGAACUGAAGCAGUGCGAUAAUAGACUGACAAUGCAAAGUCAAAAUGUUGUGUGUAUAUUAAUCAGUAAGGAUGCCAUACUGGUAUAUACUGAAGAUCAUGUACUGUAAGUGCACCACUCAAAAUGCAGUUUUAGAUAUUUCAAUUUAAAGAUGUGUUAAUGAAAUAUAAGCAGUAUGCUCUUU